AAACCCUCCAUUAUUUUUGUCCAGAUAUCAAACAAUAGAAAAAAAGAAUAUUUUCGCGAUCAAUUGAAAGUUUAUUUUCUGCCGUACCAUAACAUUAUACCUUCCCUGCGCGUGUGAAGAAGUCCCCAAAGUUGAACUGGUCGCUUGCUAUUGCCCGUACCGUACCAGACAUCACAACUCCAGACACUAAUAUUUAGUUGAAGUUACAUUGAAUUUUAUUUUCAAUCAAAUAACAUGAUCUGCGACCAUCACAUUCUUCAAUGUCUUUAAGCAGAAGAACGACAAGAAAAUCUGAAGCCCUCACAAGUUCAUCUGGAAACACAAUCGCGAUGGCUCCAGGCGUCAACCACAACCUAGGAUCGUAUACACACACAUACUCGCAGUCCAAUAUUAAUGGCAGGAAACGGGCAAGAGAAUCUGCUGAUAGCGACGAUCAUCUAUUAUCCAAAGCGAAGAAAUCAAAGCUCGCCAUCGAGAUACCAGCUCCAAAAUUAAAAUCGCUUCCACCAAGAAAACGAUCAGGCGUCAUCAAAUCGAACGCGAAUCCCGACUCUGCGAACUCCGUGCAACAUCCACAAAUAGCAACAACAGCAGAUGUACGAACAGCACAUCCACCAUCCCAGAGUUCACAACAACAACAACAACAACAACAACAGCAACAGCAACAACCUCCUACAAAACAUCAAAAUAAAGUUGCCAAUGGCAUCAAACACGAGCUGGAUAGACUACAGGACAAACUUUUACAGGCGGACAAGGCCGAUUUGAAGGAUGAAAGGCGGAAGCUUCGAUCGCAAGAAGGGACAAAAUUCAAAAGUGAAUUGUCUGCAUAUUUUCCAGAGUACGAUGAAGUUAUUGGAAAUGUUCCCAAGGAAGAACAUUUCUUAGAUAUCGACACACCUAUCAUCAUCAUCGAUAGCUCCAAGCCUUCUGCCAAGCCUUUGCGUACCUCCAAAAAGAAGGAAACGAACAAUGAAUAUGCAGUGAAAGAAUACCCAUCCUCCCUCUUCACCAAUCUUCACAAUACAUACAAAGUGGACUUUUCCGAAUUCACUCCUAUGGACUGCGAUGAGGACCCUUUAUCUGAGGAGCACUUCAAGACACUCCACAAACGACCUGAACGCCAAGAAAAGGCUGUUCGAAAUGCAGAUAAGAGCCGAGCUCAACACGAGAGAGAUUCAGUCAUUCGACUGAUGGAAGGUCUCCAAGGGCCGGACUGGCUCAAGACUCUCGGGGUCAGCGGCAUUACCGAGGGUAGGAAGAAGGAGUUCGAAUCGGCACGACACUACUUCAUCAAAGGGUGCGAGUCGAUCCUUGAAAAAUUCCGGAUCUGGAAGGAUGACGAAAAGCAAAGAAAGUUGAAGAAAGAACGCGCCAUAGCCGAAGCACAAGCAAGAGCCGAGGCAGAAUCAGAAGAAGGCGAGGACUCGGAGGAUGAUCUCGAAAGUAACGGUGAUCCUCCUGACCUUAGUGACAUCGAUGCUUCUGCAGCAAGACAAUUGCACGAUGAGGCAAUCGCUAGUUCUACUCCUCGACCAAAGGCUAGAACAAACUCUGUGCUUGUCGGUCCACCUGCUGUUGAGAAGGAAUUCAAAUCAUUCUUCGCAAAACCAUAUUUGCGCGAAGCAGCACUUGGGAAGCACAGGCGUAGUGGUAGAACCGUUGCCGCCUGGGGACAUCCCGUCCCUGAACUUCCAGAAGUAGCUGAAUUUGACUUGCCGGAGGAAUUUCUUGACGAGGAAACAUUGAAAACUCAUGCGAGAAAGAAAAGAAGAGACAGGAGAAUUGCAAAAGAUUGAAUAUACAGUUCUGGGCAAUUAUAGGGCUUGGGAGUAUAGGAGAAAUGUCAAUUUGAAAGUGCUUCAGUUGACUUGGGAUGUACAAUAUAAUAUGGUGGGUGGCUUGGGUAUGCAUGACCAGGGAAAAUUGGUCCUGGGGAGUUAUAUUUGUUGACCUUUGCUAACAUUACUUGUAUAUUUUGUACACUACUAUGGAACUAAUGGGAGACGCGAUCGUGUUAGAUGAAUACUAUAUUAUUGUCUC